GUGUUAGAAACAGAGGAAUAGAGCACUACUCGAUGUAGCGGAGCAGGGCAGGCAGUUGAGCUGUUUUCGAUGAGCCUGCUGAGUGAGUGAGGUGAUUGUAGUGGCAGAGGAAUGGACCACGUUGAGUGAGCUACUUCUGCAGCCUUUGUAGAUCUAUCUAUGUAUGUGGUAGAGAGAGAGAGGUGGUGCUAGGGGCGGUAUUUGUCAGCUCGUAGCAUGGUCACUGUGGCCUUUGUGCAGCCUACAUUUUGUCCGCUCCCGGUUGCCUGAGUGACUUUUAGGCCUCGUUGAGCCCAAUUUUGUUGACCCUUAGGAUCCAUCAUCACUCAUCACGUUGUGGUCUCCAUGCAGACAAUCGACAAUCUUGAGGUGAUGGUGUGGUGGUAGGAACACAUCCAUCCCUCCAUCCAUUCAUUCAUUCAUCCAUAUUCACAAAUAGUAGUUGUGAUGCUUGUGCCCUAUUCACAAUGGUUGUUGAGAUGUGCAGAUCUGUGAUGCCUCUGAUCCAGUGAUGUGAAUUAUUAGUUGAAAGUUGGGGACCUCCGCAACGUUUUCUUUAAAAGAUGAAUAUCCACAUGGCUCCCAAAACCACCACCAGAGGCUUCAUCAACAACGAUAGUAACAAGAGCAAUUACAGCCAAAUCCCCAUCGUCAUCGUCAUCAUGUGUUUGGACUAAGACUGUCGAGCUUGCAUCCCUCGUAGCAACCUCACUUGUUCGUGGGUGGGUGGGGUGAUUUUUGUUCUCGUGCUGUUUCUUUUUUGGGUUGAUAUUCCUUCCCACUUGGCUGUGGUCAUCCACUCUGGCAAGAGUUGAUGCAACAUGAGCAACGCCUCUAAGCGGCGGUUCCAAUUGAAGUAGGGGAUCGUAACUUACCAUGGCGAGUGCCCUGAAAACCAUUGUGAGCAAGAAGAAACGUCGAUUUACUGAGGAUGGAUUCAAUUUGGAUCUGUCGUACAUUGGUGACCGGAUCAUCGCAAUGGGGUUCCCGGCCGAAAACGUGGAAUCGCUGUAUCGCAAUUCCUUGGACGAGGUGAAGCGUUUUCUUGACCACAAGCACAAGGAUCACUAUUUCAUCUACAACUUGUGUUCUGAGCGUGUCUAUGACAUCAAAAAGUUUCACGACAGGGUAGCCACCUAUCCUUUCGAUGACCACCACCCACCGGAUUUCUCGACAAUAAAGCCGUUUUGUGAGCAUGUGGACGAGUGGCUGAGAACGCACCAGGAUAAUGUGGCCGUGGUGCAUUGUAAGGCGGGCAAAGGCCGCACGGGGACAAUGAUCUGUUGCUAUCUUCUUCACUCGGGCAAGUUCAAAACUGCGGAUGAGGUGCUGACAUUUUAUGGGAAACAACGGACCCAUGACCAGAAGGGAGUGACCAUCCCUAGUCAGAGGCGGUACAUCAAUUAUUACGCCGAUAUGAUACGUCAGAAGCUUGAGUACAAACCGGUAAAGCUCUACCUCAGGUCAGUGGUACUAGACCCGGUGCCCAAUUUCAACAACUUGAGCAAAGAGUUCUACCUCCAGUUUGAAGUGAAGCAAGCUAAACGCUCACUGAAUUACGAGUCCACAGAUUACCUUUUAAAACGGGGCGACCGCAAUAUGCUCCUUAAUGUUGACCCACCAAUACUCAUAUGCGAGGAUAUCAAAAUCGAGUUCUCCAUCAAGCCCAAACUGGACAAAGUUGGGAUCAAGCCAAAAUUUCUGGCCUCGUAUAAGGAGUUCCACUUCUGGUUCAACACCUUCUUCGUUGAGAACACAUUUAUCUCGGGGCUGUGCCACAGUCUCCUCGCGGGGAGCUCCAAUAACGGCCACGCACCCGUUGACCAAGGAUCCGAAGAGGAACAGCCCGGGGACUGCGACAAUGGUGGCCCCGACUCGGGCCCGUUGAGUCACCAUCUUACCAAGUUGAGAUGGGCUCCCCCACCGGAGCGCCAUGUCUCUUGCACGGGUGGAGCCCCUUCACCUCAUCUCAUUGCCUCUGGGUCAGACGAGGAUGUCACUCUUACAAAUCUGAUGAAGCACACCUCCGUCUCCGACGAUCACCUACUGACCAAUCAAGGCGGCGGUGGCGGUGGCGGUGGUGGUGGUUGUCACGUGUCAUCCAAGGGGAAUGGAGGAGCAGGUCACGCCUCUUCGGCGUCCAGCUCGACCUCCUCCUCUACGUCCACCUCCUUGGCUGCCCUGUCGUCUUUCAAAGAAAAUCGCAUAAGGCACUCGUCUGUACCGCAGACCGCCCGCAGUCCCGGUACGCUCUCGCACCUCACCAAUGCAAAUAGCCUUGGCUUAUCUUCUCCUCAUGGCGCAAACUCAGCGCUGCUCAAGUCAUCAGCCACCACGACCUCUGCCGACUCUCUGGGGGAGGACGUUCCAGCUGUGGGACUCUCGUCUCCCAUCAAGAUAGAUGGCACGCCCGUUAGUCUUCGCCUAACAAAACCUCAGAUUGAUAAAGCGUUUAAGGACAAAUCGUGUAAGGUGUAUCAAGAUGAUUUCAAGGUGACGCUGUUCCUGGUGCGACCCUAUGAUCAAAGUGAUGUGAGUUCAUACUGUGCAGCACCGAGUUGUCCGGUGGCGAAAAAAUUCACCUCCAACCCUGGAGAAAUGACUCUGGUUCCCGCUCCUCAGGUGCAAAAGAAUUCGUCUGAAAGCAGUGAAGAAGAGGAGGAAGGCGAUACCACAGAUAGUGAAGCCGUGUCGUCGAGUGCGUCUUCGUCUCAAAUCCGGUUUCGCUCCAACAAUCAGGUGAUCUAUCGUCAUAGCAACAACCACCACAACAGCCAUCAUCAUUCUUCUUCGCAUCAUCAUCAUCACCAUCACCACCACCAUCAUCAUCCAGGUCCGCCCGAGUUAUCCACAAAGGGAGCAUCGCAAAUGUACCCAUCGGAUUGGAUUUAGUGCAAAACAUGUCAAGUCUCCGGGUCUGGAUUCCUGCUUCUGUCCAGGGAGGUGAAAGCCACCCACCCUCCUGUCCAAGAAACAGGGCAAUAAUGAGGGAAGGAGAAACAAGUGUGUUGUGUUAAUGCCAAUCAUGUCAGAUAGUGGAUUCAGUCUUGGAUUGUUUUUUACCUGAUUUUGUUGGAAGUGGAUGAGUGUAAGGGCCAGCAUUAUUCAUAUUAUUCUUAUUAUUCCUAUUAUUAUUAUUAUCAUUCUUAUUAUCAUUAUCAUCAUUAUCGCUACCACCACUAAUUCUGGGUCAAGGCGAAGAUGAAUAUCGAUUUGAAACAAGAGAUCUUCUUUGCCGGCGAAAUGCCCCAUACAGGCGUUUUAGAUCAGAUAAAAUGAAACAGAUUGUUUUUAAUGUCUAUAUCAAUUUUAGACAAUAUAUGUCAUCUUUACAACUCUAAUAACUCAA